AUGGACCAGAUGCUCGCCUUUCUGUCCCCUCAAGGCCUUCCACUUUCGGACCUCAAUGACGAGGACUUACAGAACCUGGUGCCAUUGCUGUCUUGCCGGGUGACCGAAGAGGAAGCGGCGCUGAGCUUGCUGGAGGAUGAGGUCCUCCAUCUCCAGGAGCAGAUCGCCGAGAGUGCUGCCGAGAGAGCCCGCUAUGUGUCCAUCACUGCCCAGUUGGCCCCGCCACCACCUUCCUUCUGGGACCAUGAAGAGCAGCGGCCCAGGGGAGGACGGGACCCGCCACAGCAGGAGCCCAGCGGGCCCUGGGCCUCCAACCCCGAACACCCGGCUGGGGAGGAAAGCGAGGCGGCAGAGGGGCAGACAGAAAUGACCAUGGGCGCCGAGACGGAGACCACCCUGGCCUCCCUGAGGCAGCGAGAGGAGGCCCUGAGGCGAGAGAAGCAGCAGCUGUUGGAGCAUCUGGAGGUGGCCCAGGCCGCCCUGAGCCAGGCCCAGGGGGAUUGGCGGGCAGCCAAAGCGCAGCUGGCUCGUUUGGAGAAGGAACAAUAUGGAGCCACGCCCGGGGCAUCCGGGAGAAAGAGCGGGACGGAUCGGAAGCUGGACGCCCGGAUUAGGGAGCUGAAGAUUCUGGAAGCCCUCACCGAGAAGCAGUGA